AUGUUUUACUCUCAUCAGCUUCUAGCUCGAAAAGCUCCGUUGGGUCAGAUAUGGAUGGCUGCUACAUUACAUGCGAAGAUCAAUCGGAAGAAACUGGACCAACUCGAUAUCAUUCAAAUCUGCGAAGAGAUUUUGAAUCCGUCGGUUCCAAUGGCUCUCAGACUCUCCGGGAUUCUUAUGGGUGGGGUUGUGAUUGUUUAUGAGAGGAAAGUGAAGCUCCUAUUAGAUGACGUAACUCGCCUUCGGGUUGAGAUUAAUGGAGCUUGGCGAACAAAGCCUGUUCAGGAUCCUACUUUACUACCUAAAGGAAAAACCCAUGCCAGGAAAGAGGCUGUUACGUUGCCUGAGAACGAAGAAGCUGAUUUUGGAGAUAUUGAACAAACUCGUAACAUUCCAAAAUUUCCCAAUUUCAUGGAAUUUCAGCAGACUUAUAUUUCCAUGCGGUUAGAUGAACCAAAUGUCAACAAUAAUCCAGAACAAGAAGAUCUUGGACAGCAUUUCCAUCAAGCUGAUGCCGAUAAUAUCACACUCUUUGAGUACCAUGGCUCAUACCAGACUAACACUGAGACGUAUGAUCGUUUUGAAAGAUUUGAUAUCGAAGGAGAUGAUGAAACUCAGAUGAACUUGAAUCCAAGAGAAGGCACUGAAAUACCUCCAACUCUCAUCCCAUCACCACCUCGUCAUCAUGACAUUCCUGAAGGAGGGAAUGCCACAAGCCCUCAGCGCCAGGAACAACAAGAGCAUGGUAAGGACGUAUUUACUGAGCAGAUGGAGGAACAAAACAUACCGGAUAGAGAGGAACCCGAUAGACCACGACCAACAAAAAGAAGAGCAAGAAAGCCAGCUAGUUUAGAGAUGGAUUAUGAGCAGACUAUUAUCGCUGGUCCUGAAUACCAAUCAUGGCUCCAGGAUACUUCUAAUAUUCUCUUGAGGGGAAAAAAGAGAAAGGCUCGAGGAACCGCCACCCCACGUGUGGAGAUAUCUAAACGUAUCCAUAUGCCACCUACACAACUCUUUGAGGAGCAUGUGGACAUUUCUUACCCGCCUCAGCUUUACGAGCUUUGGUCAAAAAGCACUCAAAUUCUGCAAACCUCAACAUCUGAAACUCGACGUCCUGAAUUCUGCGCGGAACAAUCUCCAGGGUUUGUUCAGGAGGGAAUGCAUAACCACCAUCAAACAGAUCACCAUCAGGGCAGUGACAGAAGCUCACAAAGUCUUGGUAGUCCCGCAGAAAGACUCCGGAACACUCUUGCUGGAAAAGAUGGUUCAAUAGAAGGCUUGCUGGCUGGAUCCCGAGGAAGGCCUGAAAAUAGUAACCGCCAGGCUGCUGAUAUUAGCGUUACGCCAUUCUAUUCUGGAGACGAUGUGAGAUCCAUGCCUAGCACACCAUCCGCUCGUGGAGCAGCUUCAAUUAACAUAGAGAUCAACUCUAACAGUCGCAGGACGAGUAGGAAAAGGCCACAUUCCUCACCAAGAAGAGGACUGGAACCAGUAGCGGAAGACAGACCGUGGGAGCACCGUGCUUAUGACUUUGAGUUUUCAAUGAUACCUGAAAAGGGCUUCACAGCCGAUAACGAAGUACUAAUGGAAACUGGACCUACACAGACUCAAAAGCCAGUGACCACUCACUCAGAAGAGAAGAUAACAGAUAGCAUCAAAAGUCAGCUCAAGACACACUUUGAAACACCUGGAGCUGCUCAAGUGGAAUCUCUUAACAAACUCGCUUUUGGAAUGAACAGAAACGCUGCAGCUCAACUCUUCUACCAAUCAUGUGUGUUAGCGACUCGCGGAAUGAUAAAGGUGAACCAAGCACAGCCUUAUGGGGACAUUCUCAUUGCAAGAGGACCCAAAAUGUAA